UACUUUUCACUUGUGUCUGUGGUCACUCAGCCCGCUUCGAUAAUUUCUAUGAAUAUCCAAAACGAUUGGCUAUUAAGGUCACUAUUUUGUAAAAUACGAACGAUCACCUCGUUUCACUAAUAAUAAUGAUUUGCAUUGUUUACGGGAAAACUUUCGAAAACAAUAUUUGUUAUCCUACUGUUAAGCAGGAAAAGAUCAAAAAAUCUUCCUCCUUUUAUUAUUAUUUUUUAAAUCGCUUUUUAAUUUAAUAAACACGUAAUUUAAUAAGAAUUCUUUAUUUUAAAACAAAUAAAUAAUAAUUAAUUGUCUAAAAUGGAGAUAAAAAGCCGAGAAAACUGGAAUUCAUUAGGCCUAUUUUGAUAUGGGUCACAGACCUAUAUUAUAAUUUCCUGAAUAAAGAAAUGGUGUGUAACUUAUAUAUAUGUAUACCAAAUGACAACAGGAAAUAUUAGCGACUCGCCCUCAAUUCGUAAUAUCAGUGAUGACUCUUCGACAGUCGAUGCCAUUUUAUCACCCGCCGGUCCGUGGGAUUCUUUGGGAUACGUAACGACAGCGGCCUUACUGGUCUUCGUUCUGUCACCGCUUAUCAUCUGCAGCAACGCAUUGUUAAUCGUGGCAAUCCACAAGUUCAAACGCCUACGAAAUCCCAGUAAUUAUUUCUUGUUGUCUCUAGCUUCUGCAGAUUUAGGUGUUGGCUUAUGUUUACCUUUUGGACUUUACUUUGAAAUAUCCAAAGACGAAGAAAUCGGUGAUCUUCUGUGCGUCUUCCCGUAUUGUGUUCUCAUUCUUCUAUGCAGUGUGUCACUGUUGAGUAUAACUGCCGUUGCAGUGGAUCGUUACACGUCUUUGGCAUCUCCGCUACGUUACAACAACAUUAUAACGCAUAGGAGUGUGGGAAGAUACGUUAGCGCGUUUUGGAUUUACUCGUUACUAACCGCUUCCGUCCCAAUUGUGGCCUGGCACUGGCAAGAUCAACUUGCUGCUCGCUGCUCCUUCAAUGUGAUUUCUUAUAAAGUGCGUAUCUUUCUAUUUUGUUUUCUAUUUGCGCCAUGUACUCUCGUCAUCGUGGGAUGUUACGGUUACGUCUAUGUGAUAGCUCGUUCUCACGCCCGUGCAAUAUUUUCGGUAGAAGUAUCGUUUAGGCAAAGUCAAUCUACGGGGAGUGGCGAAGCUCGUUACGGAAGGACACUAGCAGUCACAGUAGGACUAUUUUUGCUGUUAUGGUGCCCGUUUAACGUUUGCAUACUGAUAGGAGAUAUUGGUAUACACGCAACAUUCUUUUUAGGACUUUUACUCCUAUCUAACAGUGCAGUAGAUCCGUGGAUCUACGGUUUUAGAAAUGCCGAAUUUCGCGCGGCGUUUCUUAAAAUAUUAGACGAUUUAUUACCAAAAUUAAGCAGGACUCUACAGAAGCAUUCUCCUAACGGUGCAGCAGUUACGAGUUACGCUUCCAAUAUUCGUUUGUGUGUGACGCCUCAACAUCAACAGCCUAUGACUGUCGGACAAUGCAGUGCUCAUCUUCAAGUACCUGAAGCCGUUGUUGAAGUAACAACAGUUACAAGUCCGUUUCUUAGUCCCUCUUCAGCGAAUGGAGCCAUUGCUGCAGCUCAAGUGUAAAUAAUAAAAAAGCCAAUUCUUUAUUAAAUGUUCCUAAAAAUAAAUGUCGAACAAAAAAAUAUAUAUAUUUGCUUUAAAUAUGUUUCUGAU